UCGUGUCGCGAGCGCCCCGCGUGUCGCGAGUGUCGCGAGUGUCGCGAGUGUCGCGAGUGUCGCGAGUGUCGCGCGGCCCUCAGGCAGGCGCUGGACACCGAGGACGAGCUGCGCGAGAUGGGCUCGGACGCGGCCGUGCCCUCCGAGGUGCGGGACUGGCUCGCGGCCACCUUCACGCAGCAGGCGCGAGCCAAGGGACACCCCAAAUUUUGGGCCCCCCCCGGUGUCCCCCAGGGCCUGGACCAGUGGGGCUUUGACGUUUUCUCGCUGCACCGCGCGGCCGAGGAGCACUCGCUGCGCACCGUGGUGCUGGAGCUCUUCACCCGCCACGGCCUCAGCAGCCGCUUCAAGGUACCCAAAAACCAUCCUAAAAUGUCCCAAAUCCGCUUCAAGGGGACAUGGGGACACGGGGACAUGGGGACAUUGGGGACAUCCCAAGGACAUUGGGGACAGUGCAGAUGUUUGGGACAGUGGGAACAGUGUCCCCAUCCCUGUCCCCAGCACUGUCUCUCUGAGAUCGAGCUCUUGGCCAUCGUUUUCGCCGCCGCCAUUCACGACUUCGAGCACACGGGGACAACGAACAGCUUCCACAUCCAGACCAAGUCGGACACCGCCAUCCUGUACAACGACCGCUCGGUGCUGGAGAAUCACCACAUCAGCGCCGUGUUCCGCCUGAUGCAGGACGAGGAGCUCAACAUCUUCGUCAACCUCACCAAGGACGAGUUCGCGGAGCUGCGGGCGCUGGUCAUCGACAUGGUCCUGGCCACCGACAUGUCCUGCCACUUCCAGCAGGUCAAGUCCAUGAAGACGGCGCUGCAGCAGCUGGAGAGGCUGGACAAGUCCAAGGUGCUGUCGCUGCUGCUGCACGCGGCCGACAUCAGCCACCCCACCAAGCAGUGGGCGGUGCACAGCCGCUGGACCAAGGCGCUGAUGGAGGAGUUCUUCCGGCAGGGGGACAAGGAGGCCGAGCUGGGGUUGCCGUUCUCGCCCCUCUGCGACCGCACCUCCACGCUGGUGGCCCAGUCGCAGAUCGGCUUCAUCGACUUCAUCGUGGAGCCGACCUUCUCGGUGCUCACCGACGUGGCCGAGAAGUUGGUGACGCCGCUGGCCGAGGACGGCUCCAAGGCCAAGGGCAACCCCGCGGCCCCCCCGCAGCCCAGCUCGCAGUGGCGGCAGCCGUCGCUGGAUGAACACCUGGAGCUGGGCGACAUCAAAGCCGACCUGGCCGGGUUCCGCUCCACGUGGACCAAGCACAUCCAGGAGAACAAGCAGAAGUGGAAGGAGAGGGCGGCCAGCGGUAGGGGACGGCCACCGGGUGACACCGUCUCGUCCAAAGUCUUCGAUGCCAUCGAGUUCAGCUCCAUCCGCAGGGCAGGAGCUACUCUCAGUGUCCCCAUCGCCUCCCAUGUCCCCAGUGUCCCCAUUGCCCCCAUUACUCCCAUUACCCCCAGCGUCCCCAGUUUCCCCAGUUCAUACCUACAGGCCCACGCUGUCCCCAGUAUUCCCAGUGCCCCCAGUACUCCCAUUCCCCCAUUACCUCCAGUGUCCCCAUAUCCCCAUUACCCCCAUUAA